UCAGGAGAUACAGUCCACCGGAAGUUUCAUGAGGUUUUACUCUGUGUGGUUAAGAUGGCAGCAGAUUACCUGAAACCUAAGGACCCAAACUUUAGUAGUGUGCACCCAAGGAUUCAAAAGGAUAGAAGGGCUUAUCCACAUCUUAAGGACUGCAUCGGCGCACUAGAUGGUACUCACGUCAGAGCUACCAUUCCUGCUGGCGACCAAGUUAGAUACAUUGGAAGGUCAGGAUCAACAACACAGAAUGUUCUGGCAAUAUGUGAUUUUGACAUGCAUUUCAUGUACACUUCAGUUGGUCAACCCGGCUCUAUGCAUGAUACCAGUGUCUUGUAUCAUGCAAUUGAAGCUGACAAAGAUACCUUCCCUCAUCCUCCAAAGGGUAAGUACUAUCUUGUGGACGCGGGCUAUCCUAAUAGACCUGGAUAUCUCGCACCUUACAAGGGAGAAAGGUACCAUGUGCCUGAUUUUCAACGAGGUGUGGCGCCAAGAACACCUAAGGAGAAAUUUAACAAGAUACACUCAUCCAAGCGUAAUGUGAUCGAGAGAGCAUUUGGUGUGUGGAAAAUGAAGUGGCAGAUUCUACUAAAGAUGCCCAAUUAUUCAGUUGAAACUCAAAAGAUGAUAGUGGCUGCCACUAUGACCCUUCACAACUACGUUCGAUAUCAUGAUAAGGGUGAUCUUCACUUUCUUCGAGUCGACAGAGAUCCCAACUAUGUCCCAACUAUCCCUUCAAGGUAUCAACGGUAUGCCAUCCCUCCGAAUGCAUCAGAUGUGUCAACCUCGGAGGCUAGUGAUAAAGACAUGGACCUGUUCCGUAAUAGACUAGCAACUAAUAUUGCUCUUGGUUGGUGACUUCCACUUCUGCUAUAAAUGUGAAACCAUCCGAAGCAGAGUAUAUAUGUUUUUGGUUCUAUUCAAGCAAUCACCAGCAUUGCAUAAAGGUUUUCAUGUGUUGAAUGCAGGACCUCCACUGGACUAGAGUGAUGUCUACAAAGUACAUGUGUUUAUGCUG